AUGCCGUGCACCGACAGUCGGUCGCUCGGUUCCAUGGCAUUGACUUCAACGCGGACGGCCCGCGAGCCUCGUCUCGUCCUCAAACAACCAGCACGUCCCGCCCGCUCGCGGCGGCGGCUUCUCAGCGGCCUCACAUCUACACCGCUUUUCCUCCUCUAUGCCUUGCUGGCCCUCUUGCUGGCUGCCGUCCCCGUCUCGGCCGUCCGCAUCCCCUUUACCAACUGUCUCGACGAAAAGUACAUCGCCGCCAAAAAGCUGCAAUGGCAACCUGUCUACGCCGACGCCAAAUUCGACACCACUGACCCCAGACACAUGCUUGAGAUCAUUGUAUGGGGCAAUGUCACGGGCUCCCAGGACCCGGCGAAUCCUCCGCCUUCGCUCCAGGAGGACCCCAACCGUCUGUACUGGAAAGACGACUCCAAUACAAACGGCAAGAUUGUUCAGACACCGAACCCCAACGCCGCGCAGCCCAACGCCACGACCUUGAUCCGCAGAGUAAACGUCCUCACCUACCGGCCCGUCAACGAGCGUGUCAACUUCUGCACACAGGCCCUCAACGGCGGCGUGUGCCCUUUGGGGCCUAACUUCAACACAUCGCCAGUUGACUUUCCCAAUGGCCUCACUCCUCUCCCAAACAGCCUCUCCUCAUUUUCUUCCAUGAACCUGACUCACGACUUUGGCUCCUCAUACUCAUUCUCCUCCUUUUCUUCUACGCUUCUUAUGCUAUACGGCGACGAGGCUGCCACCAACAUUGGCUGCAUCUCUUCCAUCAUCACUCCGGAUCUCGGAUCGAAUAGCGACGUCGUCAAGUUCCUGCCCCUCGUUAUCCUUAUCAUCUGCGGAAUCGCCGUCAUUUUUGCCGGCAAUUUUAGUCCAUGGGGGUCUACAGACAUCUUUCAAUGGUCUUCCAACUAUGGUCGCGAUGCCGAUCAGUUGAGACUCGUCACUCCAGGUUUUGGUGACUGCCUGCAGUACAUCCAGUUCGUCGUCCUGACCGGUGCCCUCAGCAUCGGCUACCCUGGCUUCUACCAACCCAUCGUCAGCCAGGCAGCUUGGUCAACCAUCAUGUUCAAUGAGAGCUUCGUCACGGACAAGCCUGGCUGGCGCAAUGUUGUCGACGGCAUCUACGUAACAGACAUUGGCAACAAAUACGGCCUGCAGCACAUGGGACAGCUCGUCGGAAUGGCCGACGACCAGGACAUCUGGGCCGGCAUGAUGGUCUGGCUUUGUGUCAUCAUCCUCGCCGCCUUUGUCGUUGUCCAGCUUGGCUUCCUCAUCCAGUGGAUCUACCGUCGGUCCACCAAGACCGCAGAGGAGGAUCUGCGCGCCAAGAACGUCCCCUUUUCCAUCGGCAACGUCGUGCGCAUUCUCUACAACUACAUGCUCAUGCCCAUUGUCGCAUUCUCUGCUUACCAGCUCGUCAUUGCUAGUUCCGCCCCAGUCUACUGCGUUGUCCUGGCCUGUGCUACCUUGAUUGUUCUGGUUGCCUUUGCUGCCUACUUGCUGUAUUUGAUUGUCACUACGAGACCCAAGUCUGUUCUGUUCGACGAUUUGCCUAUUGUGCUGCGCUUCGGUCCUCUAUACAAUACAUACUCUGACGAGUCCGCAACGUUUGCUUUUAUCCCGCUUGUGUUGCAGUUUUGCCGUGGUCUGGCCAUCGGUGCCGUUCAGCCGAGCGGCUUGGCCCAGAUUGUCAUUCUGGCUAUAUGCGAAGUCAUUCAGAUCUUUACUCUCAACGCUGUGAAACCCUUCCAGUCGCCCACAUCGAUGAACGCCUACCACACCGUCUUUUCCUGCCUACGACUCGUUACGAUCCUGCUCAUGGUCGCCUUUGUGCCUGGUCUUGGUGUCACCGAAGGACCCAAGGGCUGGAUCGGCUAUGCCAUUCUCAUCGUGCACGCCUGUGUCCUCAUUUUCGGGUUUCUAGUGAGUGCCUUGCAGACGAUUCUCGAGGUUGUUGCACGCAUGAUGGGUGCUGGCCGGGACAGCACUGUUGGCUCCACCAGAGGAGGGCUGUCCAAGAUUUUUGGCGUGAGACAGCUCAACAAGCGCGAAUCCCAUCGCCCCAUUCCUUCGAGAACUAGCCAGCUCUCAACUGCGGCCAUGAUUGAUACUGAAAAGGCGAACCGCGCAGGAUAUAUGCCGGCCAAUGGAAGAGUCCGAAGCAGCUCAGGAGGAAGCCUUGGUACCAUUAUGGCUGCAAACCAGCACCGCAGCAGCUCCGUUCUCGAUGGCAUCGACGUCUACUCCAACGCACACCGGACUGCAGAUAGCCCAGCCUCGUAUCUACCUGGAACGCCUGGCGAGGCGAGCACCUUUUCUUUCCUCGCCUCCCCCAAUACCGCCGCCCGACCUAGUCACGCCUCUAUGGGCCAUGCACCGACCCUGGCUGCUCUAGAGACCGCUGACCCGUAUUACCGACCACCUCGCCGACGUCGGUCAACCAAUGAGAACUCGCCGCAAGAGACGACCUCGGGACAAUUCUCCCCUGAUCAGCCUGGCCAUUUGCAGCCGCCCGGCCAGUCAGGUGAGCCUGGCGACAUUGCGGCUGACAUUUCGCGCGGGGCCACGCCUGUAGCACCUGGAGCCGGGCUGGGCCAACCAGGCACCGCCAAUGCGGCUCUGAAUGCUGUGCCAAACAGACCGGAUUACUCGACGCGUGAAGUUGACUUCUACUAUGGUGUACGUGGGCCGGCGCUCAACUCUGAUGGCCUCGGCCGCAAGCUUGGCACUGGACCGGCCGAUCCUACAGGCCCUAUUGCCACUGCUACGGGCUGGUUCCGCGACAUCAUGGGCGGCAAGAGCAAAGACAAGAGCAAGGGAUUCGAAGUUGUUCGCAGCUCGAGGAUGCCGCCCGCCAUGGCCCGCAACGCCGGGUUUGGCGAUGAGACGCCACCCGAGGGUAUUCCUGUUGCUCUCGGUGUUUUGAGAAAUGGCCCUAUCGAUGAUGAAGACGAGGAUGACAACCUGCAACCAAACCGCGCGCCGAAACCCACCACAGCGCUGCUCAACACGUCAGGAGAGGCUCACGACUCGGAUGAUGAAGAAGCACAUGAACCUGGCAGGUCGGGACCUGUUAGCCUCGUAACGAGUGACGAUGAGGACGAUGCUCAGCGCUCCACCUACUACGACGCACCCGACAUUCCUCGCAAGAGCUCGAAACGGGACUCUGCCAACUUGUCGCACCGCCACAUGCCGUCUCUCAGCGUUGUGGACUCGCAAGAUGCCGGGUCAUCGCACAACAGAGACGACUGGGCUCACAAGCACACCAGCUCGCUCUCGAUUGACCCGCCCAAGCUGCCUAGUCUGCCGUUUGAGCGCACCAAAUCGCAGAAGCGACUAUCGUCCAUGUCCUCGAUGGAAAUGCCCAAUGAUUUUACCAAUGUCGACUUGGGCGACCGACCCGUCAGCUAUGGCAUGGUGUCGCAGCACUCGAUUAGCAGAGUAGAUCCCCAGCACCCUCGUGGUGGGCUACACAGCAGCUCUGCCGAGCUUGUGGAUGAGAAUGGCGUGCCCAAGAUGCACAGAUAA